UCACUAGACUAUAGACCCCUUAACUUUUUCUCUUCAUAAUUCAUAUGUAGACACUUCUUGUGGCUGAGUGAGUUUCCAUUAUAUAUGGUUCUUUGAAGAUUAUUUUAGAUAUAUAUGGUUCAAGAAUACAAGAUCAUAUCACAAAUGGUCAUCAAUAUCUUCUUUGUUUCACUUCUCCUUGUUCCUUUGGCUGUUUCAGCUGACCAAGGGUCUGUGCUUGCGAACGACACUACUGGCAAGACCUUUUGUGUCGCUAAAGAAAAUGCUGACAAGAAAAUGUUGCAGGCUGCUUUAGAUUGGGCUUGUGGACCGGGGAAGGUUAAUUGUUCAACAUUGUUAGAGGGUGAACUGUGUCAUAAGCCGGACACAGUUGUGGCUCAUGCUAGUUACGCAUUUGAUGCAUACUAUCAUCAGAUGAGUUUGGCUGCAGGGACCUGUGACUUCAAUGGGGUGGCUACCAUCACUACUACUGACCCAAGUCACGGUGACUGUAUCUUUCCAGGAAGUGGCCGCGGUGGAUGAAGAAUGAUCCAAUUUCCGGUAAUUUAAUUCAGAAGCAGUCAGUAAUGCAUUAUGUUUCUUUUGUUUUUGAAUAAAAGCUUAGGCUUCAUGUAUUGUAAGCACACUUUCAAGUUUCAAGUACUAUUCAAUAUCAGUAAAGCUUCUGUUCUUCUUUUGAUCAA